GCUGGCAGCCUCGGAUUCUCCUGUUCAGCCAUGGAAAGCAGCCAACAGAAGGUGGAGAUGUUGGUUGGCUGGCUCAAGUUAGGUAUGGGGGGAAUUAUUUAUGAAAGCAGUACAAAAUGCACAUUGGUGUAUAAUGUAAUGGCAUGUUAAUGUACUUGACACUACAGGUUUGCUUAAAAACCAAUAUUAUGCACUCAGCUACAUGGCAAAUACAUACAUAAUGAGAGCUAUUGUGUCAAGUUAGGGUAACUUUAGGCAGUUAGCUAGUCAUACCAUUUUCUGUAUAUCACAAAACACUUUAACAAAAGAAAUAGUGAAUAAUGACAAACACAAGCUAAGGGUUUGCAAUGGACAUGGGCACCUAACGGUUUUCACCGGACCAGCCAAUCAGAGUGCGUCCUGGCCAGCUAAUCAGAGAGCAGCAGAAGUGACAUGAGUAACAGUUGCUCAGUACCAACAGUCUUAUGAGACAGUUGGAGAGGUGAGAGGGAGAGAGAGAGAGAGAGAGAGAGAUUAUGAGCAUGGAGACUUCAAAAGCGAGGAAGCGAAGACGACAGAUCGACGGAGAACAACUUGUUUCCCCUGGGUGCCGCCGUGAUACCAAAAGGGUGAGGCACCAGGGUGAUCAACGUGGGACAUGCCACCCUUCAGCUGGGGACCCAGCACUUCAAAAUGAGCCUUGGAACACCUUAGCUCACAUAGGCAUUGGCCUAGAGACCUUCAAGGAGUAUGGGGAAGACGCCUACCUGCACGAUAAGAGUCUUGAGGAGAGAUUUAUGGCUUUGAACUUUCUACAAAGUCAGCCAGAAAUCACCACAGCGUCAUGGAACGUGUUCACCGGCCUGCUUAUCUGCGUGCACAGACACCAGAAGUUGGACUUUAGGUCUCUGUGCUUGACUGUCAACCUUCUGGAGCGGUUUCUUGCUUGCGCUGCUCCCAUCAAGACCACUGACCUGAACAGAGUGGGAGCCACUUGCUUCAAUAUAGCCUGCAAGUUAGUGGAGACAAAGAAAUUAAGGAAAUCAAAUCGCCUAAAACUCUUUGAUGACACCUUUACAAAGAAGGAAAUGAACCAACUGGAGCGAACCAUCAUUUGCAAAUUGCUUUUUCAACUGGCGGCACCGACCAUCGAUGACUUCUUGGAGUAUUUCACCCUCCGGAAGAAGCCUUCAGCUGUCCAGCUGACAAAAGAAGCCAUUGCCCUGACUGCUGCUAGAGGCAUCGCAGCACUGAGCCUAACCCACCAUCAUGAGUUUUGCAUUUAUGCACCCUCCAUGAUGGCUCUGUGCUGCCUGAAAGUAGCCACCAAAUUCCACCCUUCAGGAAAACCCAUCAACGUGGAUCCUGCUGAAUACCCAGACCAUGUAAUGGAAGAGUGUGUCGGGAAGAUUUUUGCUCUGAUAUCAUCCAGGCAGAGCUUUUUACACAAAUUGCUUCCAGCAGUGUUUCCAAAGACACUGCCACCAUUACCUGGAAAUGAAAGACCUCUUCCAGCAAGCCAUGAGGUUGAUACAUCAUCUGGAAGCAGCAGAACACCAAGGCAGGAGACAGAAGCAUGCACCUCCCGGCAAGAACCCAAAGGCGGUGAGACAGCCACAUCCGGAGAGGCACCGAGUUCCAACCACUUGGAAAUGGCCCAGGGAUCUGACCUUUCCAACUACCAUCAAGGGGUAACUUUUCAAAACACAUACAUUCCCUCAUACUACCAACCUUACAUGCACCCAUACAUUCCUACAUAUCCAUACUGCCAGCCAAACAUGUACCCAUACAUUCCUACAAAUCCAUACUGCCAGCCAAACAUGUACCCAUACAUUCCUACAAAUCCAUACUGCCAGCCAAACAUGUACCCAUACAUUCCUACAUAUCCAUACUGCCAGCCAAACCUGUACCCAUACAUUCCUACAUAUCCAGGCUGGCAGCCAUACAUGCACACAGACACACAUCCCCUUACUGACACCCACACAGACACACAUCUGCCUACAUACACUGAAUAG